GUAGGAAUGGCGAUACGUAUGCUGGAGAAUACUUUGCAGACAAGAUGCAUGGUUUUGGAGUGUAUACUUUUGCAAACGGUCAUAGAUACGAAGGGUCAUGGCAUGAAGGAAAACGACAAGGACUUGGUAUGUACACUUUUCGAAACGGAGAGACUCAAUCCGGGCAUUGGCAAAACGGUGUUCUCGAUGUUCCUAGCUCACAAACUACUAUGCACCCUGUAUCCCCUGUUGCCGUUUAUCAUUCCAAAGUUCUUAACGCCAUUCAGGAAGCACGAAGAGCUGCAGAGAAAGCGUACGAUGUAGCGAAAGUUGAUGAAAGGGUGAAUCGGGCGGUAGCAGCGGCCAAUAGAGCAGCUAAUGCCGCUAGAGUGGCAGCCAUAAAGGCGGUACAGAAACAGAUGCACCACAGGCCUAACAGUGACGGGCUUGUUGGUAAAUCAGAACUGCAAACAAGACAAAUUAACGACACAGAUCUGGGGCAAUUUUCUGGGUUUUUUUCACUAAACUUCAAAUCAACGAUUACAAGAGGAAUUGAAAUUACUGAAUGGAAAAUACUUGAAGGGAAAAAACUUAAAAAACAAUUACUCCUACAAAUGCAUAAAUAA